AUGGCCGAGCCGUUAUAUAGCGAAUUCACUGGCGACUCUGCUGAAAGCAAUUCAUUGGCAUUGUUGGAAGGCCGUUACGCACUGCCAUCUCUACUGGACCCUGUAACUACUGCCUUCCUAUCUCAUUGCCGCUUCCGCAAGGGCCACACACCAGUUCAUUUGGAGGUCUCCACCGACGACCACGUGUACUUUUGGUCCCGGAAUCCAGAGAAUAAAGGGUUGGAACCCCAUGGUCUACACAAUGGGCAUUUCAAAGCAGCCAUUCACUCCCCGGUGAUUGCUUACUGUGAUGCUCUGUUCCGGAACAUCCCUCUCACUACAGGGUUUGUUCCUUUGUUAAACUGGCAGAAUUUAAUGAAUUUUGCUAUUGAGAAAAAGGCAGGGGAUUUCCGAUUGUCAAAGAUGCGAACAAUCCAACUGAUGAAUGCAGAAGCAUAG